AUGGCAGCACGUCUGUCCGAGGUCAAUGCCGUCAACAUGAACAAAAACACGUCGUCCGACGACGUGAUGCUCGAAAAGGGCCUGCUCGACUCGCAGGAGCCAGAGCCAGCGUCAACUUGGUUGGAGCAAGUCAAAGAACGCUAUGAAGACUUUAUCAGCCCCUCCGCCUGGUUCAGCGGCCACCGGCCCAAGAAACCGCUGCACCGCACGGCCUACCUUGACGGCCUGCGUGGAUUUGCCGCUCUGCUCGUCUACGUGUUGCACCACCAAGUCUGGGGCCACGCGGGCAUCGGCGGUGAAUUCAUCCUCGAAAACGCCUAUGGCUGGGACAAACAGUUCUAUUUCAUCUGCAUACCCGGCAUCCGCGUCUUGUUUUCCGGCGGCCAUUUGGCGGUGGCCGUCUUCUUCGUCAUCUCCGGCUACGUCUUGUCCGCGAAACCCAUGAGUCUGAUCCAAGCGGGCGAGACGACCCAGGUGGCCGACAAUCUCGGCUCAGCCUUGUUCCGCCGCUGGGCCCGGCUGUAUCUGCCCGUCAUUGCCACCACGUUCGUCUGGAUGACUUCGUGGCACCUGUUCGGGCUCAGGUCGCUCUCGCCAGGCGCCUAUGAGCCGGAGAAGAAGUACAUUGACGAGGUGUGGAAGUGGUACUCCGAAAUCAAGAACUACAGCUUUGUGUUCCAUGAGGACCCGGCGUUCGGGUACAAUGACCACACCUGGUCGAUCGCGCUGGAAUUCAAGGGCUCCAUUGUCAUCUAUACAUGCCUCAUGGCCUUCGCUCGACUCAGCAGGAACGCCCGCUUGUGCUGUGAAGCCGGAUUGGUCUUCUACUUCCUCUACAUCGUGGAUGGCUGGUUCUGCAGCCUGUUCGCCAUGGGCAUGCUGCUCUGCGAUCUGGACUUGCUGGCCAUCAGGAACGAACUGCCGUCCUUCUUCAAGCAGCUGGAGCCCUUCAAAGACGCCAUCUACUACACUCUGCUGUGCAUCGCUUUGUACCUUGGAGGCGUGCCCUCCAUUACCGGCGACCUCGACCACCUCCGAAAGUCGCCUGGCUGGUACUACCUGUCGUUCUUGAAGCCGCAGGCGGUGUUCGAUCCUCGAUGGUUCUACCGCUUCUGGGCCGCCACAUUCAUCGUAGCUGCGGUGCCUCGAAUCAAGAGUCUCAAGGCCUUUUUCGAGACCAACUUCUGCCAAUACCUCGGCAGAGUCUCUUUCGGACUGUACCUGGUCCACGGACCGGUGCUGUGGUCGCUUGGCGAUCGAGUCUAUGCCGCGACAGGCCGCAUUCGGGACGCCCAUGCGGAACUUGUACCUGCGUGGAUCAAUUUGUGCCCGUUCCCGAGCUGGGGUCCGUUUGGCUUGGAAGUCAAUUUUAUCAUGGCACAUGUGGUGUUACUGCCGGUCACGCUCUGGUUGGCCGAGAUCGUCACCAAAGUCAUUGACGGACCUACCGUGAACUUUGCACAAUGGAUGUACAAAAGAGCUCGCGGCGUGAGCGAAAAGCCCAAUUGGGGCUUCAAAUCGGGUGUGUGGGGGAAGAAUUAG